GCCCCCCUGGGGGAGGAGCCUGGCGCUACCCGGCCCCUCCCCGCCUCGGGAUCUGGACCUGCUUCUCCCGGGGCUGUUCCGCGGGUAGAGCCGGGCGCACGCCUGCCUCUGUGUCCUCUGUCCUGUGCUCGGAAGCGGCGCCGCGGUCCUGGGGCGGGCUGAGGGGUGCGGGCCGCAGCCGGUGAGUUCCGCCGGCCGCCCCCGCCGUGGCCCGCGCCUGCGGGGAGGGAGGAGCAGGCCGGGACGGCGUAGGCCCCCUGCGCAGCGGUGCGCGGAGCCCCUGCGGCCGGAGUGCCCGGUUUUCCCGCGGCCUGCGCGGGGUGGUCACCAGCUACCUGCGAGACGACGCAGUUACCGAUAGUUUUAGAAGCAUCCUUUCCGGAAUCCGCACCCGCGGCCCAAUUUUUUGGUUGGUUUGUUUACCGCUGGAUGCCAGAAGGACCAUCUGUGAGGAAGUUCCACCACUUGGUCUCCCCCUUUGUGGGGCAGCAGGUGGUCAAGACAGGGGGCAGCAGUAAGAAGCUAAACCCUGCCAGCUUUCAGUCCCUGUGGCUCCUAGACAACCAGGUCCAUGGAAAGAAAUUAUUCCUUAGAUUUGAUCCAGAUGAAGAACUUGGGUCCCUUGGCAACAACUCACUACCGGAGCCUCUGCAGGAAGGAGUGAAGAAGGAAGAGGCUGAGGACCAAAAGCAGGCCUUGAAGCCCAGCAGCCGGGAAAUCAACCGGUCCUCUCAGUCCCUGGAGUGUGUUGUUCCCAGUGGAGACAACGGUUUGGAGUGUUUGCGGGGAGACACUCCCGCAGAAGGUGCUGAGAGGUGGCUGCAGGUCAGCUUUGGUUUAUUUGGCAGCAUUUGGAUGAACGAGUUCUCCAGAGCGAAGAAAGCAAACAAGAGGGGUGACUGGAGGGACCCCAUUCCAAGGUUGGUCCUGUACUUUGGCGGUGGCGGCUUCCUGGCAUUUUAUAAUUGUCAGAUGGCUUGGAGCCCUUCCCCGGUGGUCAUACCCGCUUCUGACAUCUUGUCCGAGAAGUUCCAUCGAGCACGAGCCUUGGAAGCUCUGAGCCAGGAGCAGCCUGUCUGCUAUACACUGCUGGACCAAAGAUACUUCUCUGGUUUAGGGAACAUCAUUAAGAACGAAGCCUUGUACAGAGCUGGGAUCCAUCCCCUUUCUCUUGGUUCCCUCCUCAGUCCUCCACAUCUGGAGGCCCUGGUGGAUCACGUGGUGGAGUUCAGUGCCGCCUGGCUUCGGGGCAAGUUCCAGGGCAAACAGCAGCACACGCAGGUCUACCAGAAGGAGCAGUGCCCCGUUGGGCACCAGGUUAUGAAAGAGGCAUUUGGGCCUCCAGGCGGCUUCCAGAGGCUCACCUGGUGGUGCCCGCAGUGCCAGCCCAGGCUGCCACCUGAUGAGCAAGAGCAGGGCCAGCUCUCCUAAGGCUCUCUAGCCCCUUCUUCAUAACACUUUGCCCUGCAGGGGCUGAUUCCUGAGUGUCAGGAAAACGGGCACUGUCAGUAUUUGGGACUGGGCACAGGAAGUAGAGGGCAGCGUGGGUCGGGGGGGGGGGGGGGGGUGUCAGUACCAUUGCUGUCCAUCUCUCUGGUGUUCUAAGGCACUUUCUACAGGGUUAGAUUUUUUUCUUUUCUCUAGUUUUGGUUAAUUCUUCUUAUCUAAUUCUGCCAUUGUGAAAGAUGAGAAAACUCAUGACAACGGUAAAGGGAGAAACCUCCCAGUGGGGCAUUGAAAGUGAUAGCAUAUGGAGAACAGCUAUGCCUCCACAUUGCUUUGCAGGCCUUUGGUUUUGUUUUUGAAAGCUUGGUUGGUUUUCAGGCCUUCCAUUUGGAAAAAGGAGUUGUCUCUCUUUGUUCCCCUAGAGGGAUCCAGGGAUGAGGAUGCAGUAGCACAUGAGGGUAGUGACCCACCUGGAUCCUUUCCUGUGGGAUGGAGACCCCAAGAGAAGGGUGGGAGGAAGAGAGGGACCGGGAAUUGGCCACCUUCCUGCCAUGCCCAGUGGGCUUAAGAGAAAAGCUGCUUAUUUCCUCCUUAAGGUGUUGAUAUGUUGAACAGUGCAGGAAUCGAGGAUUGUAGAGACAUGUUGUCAGGUUGUUAGCAACAUGUCCAAGAAACGAGGACAGUGACGUGAAAAUAAAGCUCUUUGUUCUUUUC